AUGAUCAUCCUCCGAAGGUUUCUCUUUGGAUCAGUGUUUCUUAGAUAUGACCCUGUGUCCCUUGACUGCCCUAGAAUUCAUUCAAAGAUCAGAGAAAAUAUGUUGGAGUAUUCUCAGUUUCGGAGGGAAAAGAGCUCCGCGUCCGUUGCUAAGCGACCGUUUCCAGGCAGCAGCUACUGCCGCCUCGGAGAGGCGAUAGCCGCCAUGUCGGAGGGGUGGCGGGACGUGGCUGGGGUGCGUAUCGUCCCGCCCAAGCUGCGCUUCCCCGCCGCGGUGCCGGGGCGUCGAUACCGCGCCGCGCUCAGCAUCCAGAAUCUGCGGGCGCAGAGCUGUCGUCUCCGGCUGCUGCCGCCACUCUGGCCCCAGUUUAAACUGAUUGUGGAAAAUCCAGAAAACCUCGUUGCACCUGGACUUCAAGUCAAAGCUUUUGUAGAAUAUUGUCCUGAGGUUGAAGAAGAUCUUCAAGAUAGUCUACCUCUUUUAAUAGAAGAAGACGUAGUUGAUAUCCCCCUGGUUGGGUAUGCCUGUUGAAAGUUAAUUCCAUCCUGUUAUCUGGAAACUGAGCCAGAGGUUGAUUUUGGUACAGUGGUUGCCAACAGUAAAAUAAUUAGUAAAGAGAUUAGUAUUGCUAACCAUGGAUCAUUGCCAGGUACAUUUAAAAUAUCAUAUACUGGGGAUAUUCUGCUUGACAUAGAACCUACAAGUGGAAUGGUAGAGCCCAAAUCGUUCAAGGUGGUUAAAGUGCAUAUCUGUACAGAUGUACCAAGAAUCAUCAAAGAAAUGAUAAAAGUGGAGAUGGAAGGACGUAGCUCUACUGAAGUAUGGAUCAAAGCUGUUGUUGUGGAACAAGUUCUUAAAGUUCUAGGACUGCCUUCUGGAAAUGUAUUGGAAUGCAUUAAUUUUGGAUCGGUUUAUUUUGGGUCUUCAAAGACUAAACAAAUAUCUUUACACAAUGAUAGUCCAGAGUGUACGGACUGGGUAGCAGUACUGGAAGACAAUGCUGUUGGAGGGGAGAUGGGAACAGAUCUACAGAAGAGUGCAGAUGCUGUUUUACAAGAUUUGAGCUUAAUAAACAAAACAAGAGAUUUAGAUGUUUCCACCUUAAUCUGGUGCAUUCCUGAUCAGGGAACCUUGCCACCUUAUAAAAAGUCCGUGGUUACACUGUGCUUUUGUCCAAAGAAAUUUAAAGCGGCCUUUGUAGCAAGUGAUUCACCACCAAAACAAGAUUAUAUAUUAUUCCUGAGAUUUGAGGCUGCUGGUAAUAAAGAUCUGCAGACCCCCAGUGACGGUACCACACCAAGUACAAAGAAUCGUCCUAAUAGCACAGAAUUGGCUGUGACAGGUUCUGCUCUUCCUGUCAUGUUAACUUUAAAUCGAGGACCUGUAAUUAAGUUUAUGGACUGUUUCCCGGGUGAACAAACACAAGUUUUGUGCACACUCAAAAAUGAAUCUGAGUCCCUUCCAGUAAAAUUCAGUUUCCGCAAGACUGCUCAUUUUAAUAUUUCUCCUGAAAAAGGAAAAAUUAAAAAAAGUUCUACUAAGGAUUUGAUAUUUUCAUUUUCUCCACAUCAGAUUGGAAUAUUUGAAGUGAAGCAGGUUAUUGACAUCAUUGGUAGAGAACUAGAGAAAAAUAAUUUACAACGUUCAAAGACAAAAUCUAUUCACCAAAUAUAUUUGAGCUUUAUUGGUGUGUGCAAAUCUAAACCAAAAGCUAUUUUAUUCAGAAUUAAUCCCGGUAUAACACCAGUGAUUACCAAUGCAACUGGACGGUUUGUAGCUGAUGACAUGAGACAGUGCACUGACACUGCACCUAUGGCAAUACUUAAGUCAACCAAAACACAAAUUCAUACUCAUCAAAUAAACAGGAAUUGUAAGGGGGAUGCACUUAUAGCUUUUCCUAAUGACCGCUCAACCAGCAUUAGACCUAGUGAACGAAAUAAAAAGUACAGGACUAUUUUUACGAAGACUGAGAGAUAUAAUUAUGUGGAUCCAGAGUUUUCUUAUACUGACUGUGAACUGCUGUUUAAGGAAGUACAUAAGGAAUACUACGCAGAUUUCAUUUCUAGUUUAAGGCAGCAUCGCUUACAGAAAGAUGCCACCAGGCAGUUUUAUAUUUAUAAUAAUUCUAUGAGCAUAGAUUUUAGACCAGCUGAAGAGAUUAUGUCACCAAAGAUCUCAGUCACAGAUUUUCCCAAGGAGAAGCUACAGUUGAGAAAGCUUUCUUUGGAUGAGAAUUGUCUGUUAACUAGUCAAAAAUCGGCAGCAAGUGCUUCAGUCAAGGAAAUUUCGAGUGGGCUUAGUUCUGUGCCUUCUUCUACUCAAGAAAAGGAUGAUUGUAAUCUAACUUUGACACCCAAACAGCUUCAUCAAAUACUAGUUGGUCCUUCUACUAUGAACUUUGGUGAUGUUUGUGUGCGCUCUACAACUGUCAGAAAACUGCAUAUCACCAAUAACUUGUUGGUUCAUAUAUGGAUACAAAUUGAGAUUGAAAUUGAUGAUUUGGAGAUAUUGGGUCCGUUGUGUCAGGUGGUGCCUCCUCUUACAAAGACCUUUAUUCCAGUAGAAUUUGAGGCAAAAUUUUGUGGAAUGUUUAAAAAAUCUUUCACUUACACAAUAAACAAGAAGCAUCCUGGGCAUGUGCUGGUUAUUGCAAACGUAGUGCCUGUUGAACUUCAUCUGUCUGCAAGAGAAUUGAUUUUAAACCCAAUUCCUGGCUACCUGGAAGAGACAGAAUUUAGAACAACAGUCAGAGUAUGCAAUCCAGGAAACUGUUCUGCUGAGUUUACUUGGAUACCUGUAACUACAGAAAAAGGAACUGCAUUUUCUAUACAGCCAACCAAAGGCUUUGUGGAACCCUAUAGUGACCUGGAGUGUGAAGUUGUUUGGCAUCCAGGAUUCAACUCUGCAGAAGCAGGAGAAUUCGCUUUGUGUGUGCAUAAGGGAAACACAACUAACUUGAAAUGUUUUGCAAAGUUUGGUCCUACUAAAGUUCGAUUUAUGGAACAAUGGGUACCCUUCAGUCACUGUGCACUGGCUUUACCUACUUGUAAGACUGCUGUUCUUUGUAACGUAGGAUACAAUCAUGCCUACUUCCAAGUUAUUGAUUCAAAUCCAUUGCCUGGAAUGGUGAUCACCCCUUUUGAAGGAGUGGUACCUGUGGGAGGCUGUGCUGAUCUCAAAAUCAGUUUCACUCCAAAUUCAAAAAUGAACUUUGAUACAAGAGUGGAGGUAGCAAUUCGAAACUCAGGAGUACUAAUGCUUAGGAUCAGUGGAUUUGUAGAUACCCCUGAAAUAAAGAUUGAUGUGGAACAAUUUGAUUUUGGUGGUGUUUAUGUUGGUUCUACAAAAUCAAUUCCAUUUUUACUGCAGAAUGAAGGACAAGCACCUACCAAAGUGCUAUUUGAUUUUUUGAAGUAUAAGGAUUUUAAACUUGAUUCUAACAAGGAUGACAAGACAGAGGUUGACAGCGGUUCUUCAAAGACUCAUUUGCAUUCAGUUACUUUACAGGGAAAGUCAUCCCUGCAGUGCUCAUUGUCCUUCACACCGAAAGAGGUGGCGGCGUAUAACUUCAUUCUUCCAGUUAACACUCGUUGGUAUGACCUUCCAUUGCUACAGCAACACAGUGCAUCUGCAACUUCUGUUGGAUCUGUAAAGCAUGUCAUUUCUCCACAGCCACGGAGAGCGACUGUGGCUAUUCCAAUCUGUAGAGUUAAAGCAGUUGUACUUCAGUCACCACUGGAGUUCUCCUCAACGGAACUUAUAUUUACACGACAUUCAAGAGGUACGCGUUCGAAUAUUCCUGAUGAAAGUCUGGAUUCUCAGAAACUUGACCUGAAGAAUAUCUCAAAGCAGCAGUUGACGUGGAAGUUGAAUUGUGACAAUGCAGGCAAAAGUGUAGAAGGCGGUGUAUUUAAAUUUAGUCAGCAGACGGGAUUUCUUGAUCCGGGGCAAAAAAUCAGUAUUGAUGUGUUCUUCUGCUCUUCUUGUCCUGGGACAUAUACAUCUGAAAUGUCAGUGUGUGUAAAUGAUAAUCCAUCACAUUACAAAGUAACAUUGUCUGGUACUGUCAAGUCAUCAAAAAUACAUUUUGAUCCUCCCUUCCUUAUGCUGAUUCCUGUUCCUCUGGAUGUGAAAACUGAAACGGCCGUCAAAAUUAUUCCGCAAGAUUAUUUAAGGAAAACACGAAUUCAGGUUGAACUUCCAGAGCUUGAACUUGAAGAUGGUGACAGGAUUUCCCCUUUUUCUAUACGAUUCCCAGAAGGACAAGAUAUUGUUCUUUCGUCAGAUGGCACAAAUAUGGAACUAAUUUGUCAUAUCAGCUUCAAAUCAUCUACUCCAGUGUCAUUUUUAGGGAAUAUAUUCUUCAUUGAUAAAGAUGAAAACAGGUUUUCACUUCAGGUUGCUGCAACAGCAGAGAAUUGCCUUCUUACUGUACACUCGUAUUUGGCUUUGCAUUGCUCUGAACAACAAAUUUCUUUGAUAAGCAAUGAAGACCGCAGUAGUGGGGAAGUUGUUCUGCAUCCAUUUUAUUCUCCGCAAUCACUUUCCUGUAGUAGAUCCUCAAGUUCCUCUGGUCCAACUGCUGAAGCAUAUGAUUCCUGGUCAGAACUUGAUAUUACUCUUGAAAGGGAUGAAAGUGCUGAGAAGAUGAGUGAAGAGACUGAAGCUGACAGUCAAAGUGAUGGGAGAGAAAAUGAAUCUGAAUUAUCAUUUUUCCCUAAUGAGAACAAAGAAGACUUCAUCUUUCAGAAAACUUUAACUGCUGUUCAGAGUUGGUUCACUCUCUUUGGUUGGUCUAAGGGACCAAAUCCUGUUUCAAUACCCCAUUCACUAAGACGUGAUGUCUGUAAAGUCAAAAUGACUUCUUCCCAAGAAAAGGUUUUUAAACAAAAUCUUGACAGAGAUACUAUUUAUGACAUGUUGUUCCACCUGAGCGGACAGUUGUUACCAGGCAUUACAUUGAGCCAGUCGCUGCCCCUUGAUCCAGUUGAACGAAUGAUACAGCUGUACUGGCAGCAUUCUACGUUGCUUACCUUCCUUAAAAGCCAAGGAGCAAGUCUUCCCCAUGUUAUGCCAGAAUACCUGUUUGAACCUGAUGAUUAUAAGAAGUGGACUAAAAUGCAAGCUGUGCUGCAGGCUCAUACAGCUAACUGGAAAAAAGGAGAUAAGAAAAACUUAGUUAUGUUUAGCAGCAAACAAGUGUUAAUUCUGGAGGACAGUCUAUUUGAGAUGAUCAGCAAACAAGCUUGGACAGACGUGUUAUUGCAGGUGUACAAGGUGUUUGUUCUACCACGUGUUUCUUUACAUAAUACUGCUGAUAUGAUCAAUUUGGAAAACAUGCAGAAUGUGCCAAGAAUAAACACAGAACUUCUAUCCAGUAAUAUAUAUUCUCCAUACGAACGAAUCAUCCUCACUUGGUUGAACAAAAAUUAUGAGAAUAAUCGAAAAACUGUGUGGAAAGAUGCUCAAAAAGGUAAAGUACCACUGAUGAGGUGGAUAGUAAAUUUUGACCGGGAUCUUCUAGAUGGUCUGGUAUUGGCAGCACAGAUAGCAGCUUACUGUCCAUUCUUGAUUGCUUCUCACUUUGUAAGGAUGUAUACUUAUCCAAGGACUCCUGCACAUUUUCUACACAACUGUUUGAUACUUGUGAAUGCUAUGCAUGCAGUCAGCCUGACUAUAGACGUAAAGGCCACUGAUAUCUGUGAUCCAAACCCAAUCAUGAUGCUUAUUCUGUGUGUCUACCUAUUUGAAAACCUUCCUCACUACUUACCUACGAAGACUAUAGGAUUUACAGGUGCUCUCCAUGCAACUGUUGUUAAACAGAUUCGUCUGAAAAACCCGAGCAUUAAAACUUUGGCAUACACUGCUACUCUUGUAGGAAGAGAUGCUGAUGAUUUUUCAUUGCCUGAAGGAAACACUGUAAUCAUUACCCCUAACUUAUGUAUAUGCAGAGAAAUGCCUAGAGGAAUAUUUGAGAUAUGUAAGGGUGUAAAUCUCACAGAGAUCUCAAAUGUUAAAUUUUUUGCACAAAUUGCUCUGAAAAUAAAUCUGGAUCUCUUUCAGCAUGUGAAUGAUUUUGGAAAUUUUUUUGAAAAGGUUAUAUUAAAAUGCAAAUCUCCAUGUUAUGAGUUGAAGAAAGUUGUCCUAAAUGUUACUAAUCCCUUCAGAACUGAUGGCAUAUUCAGGGUCAUUUUCCUGGAAUCCACAAGUUACUUAAGUCAGCCGGAACAAGUACAUCAAGCCAGGCAAUUAAAACAGGAGCAAACGUUCAGUUCUGAAAAUAAUGUGUUAAACUGUAAAAACAGGACACUGCUUGAAGAGCCAAAUGAAGCCAAAUACUUUAAUUGCUCUGUCCAGUCCAGCCUCCUGCCUGAGUUCUUCAGUCCCCAGGAAAAGCUGUUUUUGGCAGGGAGAAGUUCUGCAGCCCUAGAGAUUCUCUUUCUUCCAUUUAAUCUGGAAAAACGUUACUGCACUGUCAUUCUGGUUAAUGAAAUGAUUGGAGAAUUUGUAUAUCUUGUAGAAGGAGCAGGUGACAUACCUUUGCCUUCAGAACUGCUUCCAAUGGAUAGUCCAAAUGUUUUGCAUGUUAGCAGUACAUUAGAAGGUCCAAGUGCAGUAGAGCCAAUUUUAUAUUUGAAAUGUAGAGUUGGACAGACUCUCGAAGAAAAACUCAGGAUUCCACUGGUCAAUGAAUCGAGAGAAAGAGCUCUGGCUAUUGCUGCUCAACAGCAGAUGUCAACUACUGAAUAUAAAAGAAGAAAGAUCACAGGAACUCUGGAUAGCAGUAGUGUCAGAGCUGCAACUGCAUUGCUAGGGCUGUCCAGAAUAGAGAGGUAUGAACUCUUAAAACCACGUGAAUUCCCUCCAGAGUUGAAGUACAUGGAUUAUAGUAUACAAGUGAGCAUGCAAGAAUUCUUUGUGGUUCCUGAGAAGCUCUCUAUUCCCGUGUUGGCAUCUAGCAGAGUUAAUUUGAAAGAUCCUUCAGAAAAAGUGGUUUUGCCUGAGAAAAUAGGCAGAACUGAUGCAGUUGAGCUUCCUAUAAAAUUCAUUCCUCCGGGUCCUGGUUGCUACCACUGUCAGAUUCUCCUGAAGUCCUCAUGGGAUAUUCGUGUCUAUGUGAUUAAAUGUGUAGUGAAUACAGAUGAUGUUGAAGCAGAGAUUGAAUUUCUAACUCCAGCUUACCAGGCAGUGAUUCAGAAUAUUCCAAUAAGAAACAUGUCUAGCCAGGACUGGAAACUUGAAGCAGUUUUGGAAGGACAGGGCUUUUCAGGCCCUCCUUCAAUAAGUGUGGGUCUAGGUGAAAUAGCUCUGUAUCCUCUCAUGUUCAAGCCAAUUGCUGAGUGCUUAACAACGGGAAGGCUUAUUCUUCAAAAUACUACAGGUGGCAUUGAAAGCAUCUUUAACCUUAAGGGAAUUGGGAAGAAACCUCUGGCACAGGAUCAUAUUGUAAUAGAUUGCCAAGUGAGACAAGUUACUCAACAACUACUGUGGGUGCCCAAUUAUACCAAGAGCAGGUUAACAUACAAGGUAUCUUCAGAUCUUUCAAUGGUGAGUGGUGCAUCAGUUCUUACUGUGGAUCCAGAUGACAUAGUUCCUUACAGUUUGAGUAUAUCUCCAUGGAGGCGAGGAGUCUUUCAAGGUGUAAUUUCAUUUGUUGCUGAAGAUGAAGACCAACAGCAGUCACAACAUAAUAGCUCGUUGGAAAGGACAGAUAGUGAACUGGCAUUUAAGAAAUGGUCAACAAAGACACCACAGACUAUUGGUGCAGCAAAUGCAGGAGGAAGUUCUUCAAAUUGCAAAGUGUGGUUUUCCUUAAAGAUUAACAGCAUACCUGCAGCACCUGAAAGGAAGAUAGAUGUGAAAUGCAGAGCUCUGGAUACUGUUGGAAUUCAUAUUCCUGUCACUAAUCCUGCAGAUGAAGUUCUUGAGUUGAAUGUAGUGCUGAAGAGUCAGUCUCUUUCUGGACAAAAAACUUUCACACUUUUGCCAAAACAAUUACAUUUUUAUCAAGUAGAGUUUUCCCCAGCUGUUGUUGGCACUUCACAUGAAAGUGUCAUAUUCCAAUCAGAUGUGGUUGGAGAGUUUUGGUAUGCAUUGAAGUUGACUGUAGAGAAACCAUUACCAACUGAUCUACCUGAGAUAGUAUGUGAGCUCGGAAAGUGGGUUCAUCUCUACAUACCUCUUUUUAAUCCUACACAUGAAACUCUGAAACUAGAAAUUGCUAACAGCAAUCCUAGCAAUUUUUCAACUGAGACCGAUCCAAAGCAUCCUAUAAUUGUUGCUCCUCAUUCCACCACCGAAGUACCUGUGCAAUUCUGUCCAUCUGCCCUAGGAAGCGGAAAUCACAAAGCAUCAAUAACCUUCAAAUGUUCUCAGAUUAAGGAAUGGAUUUUUUACCUUUCGGGGACUGGUAUUCCACCUCAGUUGAUGGAACCAACUACCAUAAGUGCAUACAUUGGCCAGGGUUCUUCUGUCAUCAUAACCUUCAAAAAUCCAACUUCUGAAAAUGUGUUAGUAGAUGUCGUGCUAAAAGAUCGGGAGCAGUGCAGCUGUUAUCUCAAUGCAUCCGUUCUUUCUGAGUCAACCAGUAAGGAAUCUGCUUUCCACCUUUUACUCAAAAAUACACGAGGAAACCGGUUAGCUCCAAAAGAAAAACUGGGAAUCCCAGUGUUAUUCAUGCCAGAUACAAUGAUAAUGUAUGAGGCUGUGAUGGUAAUUCAUGUAAUGAGGGAAAAUGGUGAGAACUGGCCUUAUGAGGAUUCUGCUGAAUUAAAUAAAGACUUGAAGAGCGUUACUAUAUCAGAGGAUGGGGGUAUUCAGGGAAUACUCUGGACCUAUCCAAUUCGUGGAAUACCUGAAGCGCCGCAUCAGAAAUUAGUUCCAGCUGUGGUACGUUGUCAAGCCAGGGAGAGAGUAGAAAAAAAAGUUGAAGUGCUGCUCAAUGGUGUUGUUCCUGGUGCAACCACCACAAGAAAUUCUGAAAAGGUCAAUGGAAAUAAACCAUCCAACAUCCAAGAAGUUGCUCAAGACACUGAUGGUUUCUCUGCAGCAGUGGAAUUUCAGUAUGAAUUACAGUAUCAAUCAAAUGAAAUUAAAUCUCAGCUUGAACCUUUAGUUGGUAUGCAUCUGAUUCAAAGGAAACAGGAUACAGAAUCUGGAAUUAUAACACUGAUCUUUAAUAUAGUAUUUGCACCUAACAAACCGAUGCGGAAUGAAGGAACUUUAGUAGUACAGUGCACUGCAAGAGGUAUCUGGAAGUUUCCCUUGCUGUUUAUUGCUACAGAGCCAGAAGUGGAUGAUGUCAUCAACAUUGAAGCAAUUGGCCUAAAUAAGGAAUCUGUUGUUGACUUCAAGCUUACAAGCCAAACGAGGUACCCUGAAUCAUUCACAGCAUACUUCCUGGCAGGCAGUGAUCCUGACUUCGUUGUACUGCCACAAGCUGGAGAACUUCUUCCAGUGGGCACUGUUGGAACUCAUAUAACAGUGGGAUUCAAGCCAAGAAUGUACGGCAAGAAGCAUAAAGCAAUACUUGUAAUUCAGACACAGUCAAUGCAGUGGACAUAUGAAAUCAACGGACUGCUUCCACAGACUGCACCACCUACAAGCCCAGCAAAAGUAGUUUCUACCAACAGUUACAUAAGAUCAGCCACAGUUCGACAGCGCAACUUUUUACAUGAGAAUCUGAAGCUUACAACCACGGGGGUAUCCUCACCUAUCAAGGGAGCACCUUUAAUCCUGAGAAAAAAAUAGAGAAAGUUGAGCUGUGAUUUUUUUUUUGUUGUUUUGUUUUGUUUAUUUGUUUAUUUUAUGGGGGAGGGGUGGAAUGAAGUAGAUCUCUUUGUCAAAUGAACAUCCACCAGUGACUUUAUAUGGGUGUUCCAGCUUUCUUUGCUCUUAACGUACUGUUACAUCUAUGCUGUCAUGCCUUAUAAGAUCCCUGGAUGGAUAACACCUACCUUCUUUUUUCACUGGAAUUGUUUUUUCUGACUUCACUAACAGAAAGUAAAUUUUAUUUGUGCCUUUAUUUUGAUAGUGGAGUCUAUUUCAACAACAACAACAACAAAAAAAAAAAAACAACAGCUUA